AGUAAAAUGGCUUUGACACGUACGCAAUUGCUACUCUUGAUAACCAUAAUUAUUACACUAUUCGCAUUUGGGUCAAGCAACCCGGAUUUCCAAAAGGGACCACAAAAUUGGAAAUUUGAGUUCAACUAUACCAAUGAGCCAUUUACAUAUCCGAAACCUGUUCAGGGUUCUAGACGAAUCAUUGUUGGUGGAUCUGAUAAUUGGCGUUUUGGUUUCAAUUACACUGAAUGGGCUAGGACAAAUGCUCCAUUCUUUUUCAAUGAUACUCUAGUGUUCAAAUUCGAUCCACCUAGCGAAACCAAUAUACAUCCCCAUAGCGUUUAUUUGUUCCCAAGUCUGUGGAGCUUUCUGAGGUGCGACUUAAGAUGGGCAAAACGUGUGGCAAACACGUCACAAGGUGGAGGAGAGGGAUUUGAGUUUGCGCUAAACAAAUGGAAGCCGUAUUACUUUGCUUGUGGGGAAAGCAACCGUUUUCACUGCCAAUCUGGAAUGAAAUUUUUUGUUAUGCCAACGUUUCGUUGGUAUUAAAUAUCUUAAUGUUAGGUUUAAUUUACGGUAUUAAAGGAUGAAUUACUUUUUUUGUAUUGGAUUUACAUUUAUAAGUAUAAGGAAAUAAACGGAUUGCAUCGUAUACUUACCUACAAUUUGUGUUUGUGUUGUGUAUUUCUUACAAUGUAACAACAUUCCUAGGUUUGUCACAAUCCUUCAUGGGUUUCUCUUCUCCCUCUCAUCUCCAAAUUCGACGAGCGUCC